CCUAUGAGUCCACUGGCUUUUAUACACUAGGUGCACUUGAGUCAAGCUAGAGAAGAGCUGAGCUCUGAGAUCUGCCACUGCUGCCUGCUACCAGGAGUUUAAGCGCGUUGAACCGCAGGACAACAAGAAGGAAACAGGGAAAAGCCCAUCGCCUUUUUGGGCUUUUUCUUUUCGAAAGAAACAACAACAACAAACAAAAAGGAUUAAAAUUCAACUUUUUGAACCACCUCCCCCAAUUCCUCUUCUGAAUUACACCAGGACUUUAAAAGCAUGGCAGAGCAGAAGAGGCAGGUGUCUCUGACCCAGGCUGUGACCUUAGCGCUGGUUCUGCUCACCUCAGCCGCUUCGGCAGAGGAGUACGACUACUACAGCUGGCAAUCGGACAAUUUCCACAACGGCCGCUUCUAUGCCAAGCAGCCACAGUGUGUGGAUAUUCCAGCUGACCUGCGGCUCUGCUAUAAUGUGGGCUACAAAAAGAUGCGCCUGCCAAACCUACUGGACCACGAGACUAUGCCUGAGGUCAAGCAGCAGGCGGGCAGCUGGGUGCCCCUUCUGGCAAAGCGAUGCCAUGCUGACACGCAGGUGUUCCUCUGCUCUCUUUUUGCUCCAGUGUGCCUGGACCGGCCCAUCUACCCCUGCCGGUCUCUGUGCGAAGCGGUGCGGGACAGCUGCGCUCCGGUCAUGGAGACCUACGGCUUUCCCUGGCCAGAGAUGCUGCAGUGUGAGAAGUUUCCUAUCGACAAUGAUCUGUGCAUUCCCAUGCAGUUCUCAGCUGGUCACGCCACUCAGACCCCAGUUUCAAAAGUGUGUCCACCCUGUGACAACGAGUUGAAAGCAGACACCAUAAUGGAGCACUACUGCGCCAGUGAUUUUGCACUCAAGAUGAAGAUCAAAGAGGUGAAAAAGGAAAAAGGUGACCGCAAGCUCAUCGCCGCGCAAAAGAAGAAGAAGGUUCUGAAGAUGGGAAUACUGAGGAAGAAAGACCUGAAGAAGCUCACGCUAUACAUCAAGAAUGGAGCCAACUGUCCCUGCUCGCAACUGGACAAUCUCGGGAGCAACUUCCUCAUCAUGGGCCGCAAAGUGGACCAACAGUUACUGCUCAUGUCCAUCCACAAGUGGGACAAAAAGAGCAAGGAACUCAAGUUUGCCAUUAAAUACAUGAAGUCUCAUCAGUGCCCCACCUAUCACACGGUCUUCCAGUGACCAAUGACUCUUCUGUCUAUAGAGGGCCCUGAGUCUUCAAAUAACUCUUUCAGAGACCGUAUCCAUGUCUAAUUCCAACAGUUAGUACAGAUGUAUUUCAUUACUCAAGAAAUGGCUUUUGGAAACUGCUUAGGACUUAAUUCAUCAUCAAGUACAGCUACGUUCCGUUGGCAACUGUAUCUACAUAAAAUGUAUUGUUUAUGCAGCAAUCAGUACACUUAUGAUGCUCACGCACAUUUUAGCGAUACUUUCCUGGUUCCCGCAUUCAGAGCACAAGCUAUGGGACUUUUUCGAGAAGACCUUGACAACCCUUUCAAUCAAUGUGAGAAAAACAAAAUUGUGAAGAGCUUUAAAGAGUGCACUCGGUUAAUGAGCACAUAUUCGAUUUCAACGGCCACUCAAACUAAUGAAAAAGAACAAACACAGUGCCAACUUGUUUUUAUUUGUAUCUUUUAUUUUGUAGAUAAGGAAUAAAAAGUUUUUAUUAUAUACUAUGAAGACACAUUCGUAAUCAUUAGCGCCAGGAUGGGACGUGACUCCGGUUUGUGGGAGGUAAGAAAGCUGAUGGGAUUGUAGAGUGUUGGUCAGGACGGCGGCCCAAAUACUUCAACCGCAGCUCUGUGAGCAAGUCUGGACCAUUUCUCGGCUCAACAUAUCAGCCAAGCUUAUGACAGACUCUGGACUCAUUCGGUUUGGUUGGUGAGGUGUUUGUUCUUGUUUUCUAUACAGUAUGCGUUAUUUUUUAGUAAAAUUAUUAUAUAUUGCUACAAAUAUACAUACAUGGUGCAAAAAAAUCCUUGCAACAUUACAUCUGAGUUCACUGUAAUAAAAGUUAAAAUCCUGUGUUGUUUGUGACAAGGAUAUUGCCAGUUUUUUAUUUAUCUUCAGGACAUUCAGUUCACCCAAAAAUGUAAUUCCCCUCAUUUACUCUCCCUUUAGUCAUCUCAUAACUCUGAAUAUCACAUAAAAGGAGAAAUUUACAGUGGAAAA